AUGGAGAGAAAUCAGUCGCGCAGGCAGAUUGCCGUCACGAGGCAGUCCCUCUUUGAUCAGGGGUUUCUUGACGAACAAUUUGUCCAGUUGGAGGAGCUACAAGAUGAUGCUAAUCCAAAUUUUGUAGAGGAAAUCGCUACAUUGUAUUACCGAGAUUCAUCUAGACUAAUUAAUAACCUGGAGCAGGCACUAGAGAAAAGUCCUCUGGAUUUUAACAAGUUAGACAACUAUAUGCAUCAGUUGAAGGGAAGCAGCACAAGCAUUGGAGCCAAAAAGGUGAAAGCUGAGUGCACUCAAUUUAGGGAAUAUUGUAGGACAGGAAAUGGAGAAGGAUGCGUGAGGACUUUCCAACAGCUGAAGAAAGAAUACGGUCUUCUGAAAAGGAAGCUUGAAGCUUAUUUUCAGAUGGUAAGACAAGCUGGGCCAAGUCAGGUUGCAUGCCGCCCCAAGUAA